CUAGAUGACUAACUAGAGCUUGCACUCGCGCGGUCCCCUUGGAGACUUUGAUCCGGAUUGAAGCUUGUUCCUUAUAUUUCAGAUGGUUUCCCACGCUUGGAGGAAGCAUGGGAAGCGUCUGUGUAAAACGUUUAAACAUGACAUUCGUCUCGGCGGCGGCGAACCUCAAUCUGCCUUUUCACUUAUUUCCUCAUCUUGCCAACCCUUCGGAUAUCAUCUAUAUCGGCUGACGCUAUCUUGGCAGUAUGAGGCGGCUGCGACUGAUCGGCCUCAUGGUCGCGUUUUUCGGGGCUUCAUAUGGUUCUCUCUUAGAUUACGCAGGCAAGCUACCUGAGUGCGGACUUACAUGUACUCUGGAACAUAUACCACUUUCGGCGUGCAAAGUCGUGACGAACGAUACAUGCAUAUGUAGCGACGAAAAACUGAGAGCGAGCGUGGAAACGUGCCUUUUUGAGCGGUGCGAGAGGAUGGAUGCAAUAGAUGUGGCAAGGUUAGAGGCCGACGCAUGCAAACGACCAAUCCGCAACCGAAAGGUCGAAAUACUGGCACCCAUCGUUAUACAAGUCAUCGGACUGCUCAUGGUACCGCUUCGGUUAUAUGCUCGCUGGACCACUGUGCAUCGAAUCGAGACCGACGACUGGAUCGUCACCUUUUGCGCGCUCGUUUUCAUUGUAUUUGUCUUUUUUGGUCAGCUGGCCGGCUGGGUUGCAUUUGGAGAAGAUAUCUGGAUGGUCAAGCCGGACAAGCUCACAUUCGGGCUCAAGAUCUUCUUCAUCGACGAGAGCUUAUACCUUACCUGCCUGGGUCUCACCAAGAUUUCAGUUCUCUUCUUCUACCUACGAAUAUUCCCGAACAAGUCGUUCCGAUACGCCACUUACGCGACCAUGUCCUACAUCGGCUUAUCCACCACGAUCCUUCUCUUCUUGCAGAUAUUUCAAUGCAUACCGUUCUCGUACAACUGGGACGGUUGGAAAGGCGACUUCGGCCCGCACCACUGCCUCAACAUCAACGUGCUGGCGUUCGUGGCGGGCGGGCUUAGCAUCAGCCACGACGUUAUCAUCCUCUUCCUCCCGAUCCCGCUGCUGUGGCAUCUCAACAUGGGUCUGCGCUCCAAAAUCGGCAUUUUCAUCAUGUUCAGCUUGGGGAUUUUUAUCCUCGUCACAUCGUGCGUGCGGUUGAGGUACAUCACUUUGUUCACGCGGUCGUUGAACCCGACGUGGGACUUCACAGACCCUCUCAUAUGGUCGGGCGUCGAGGUGUCCGUGUCAAUGAUCGUUGUGUGUCUUCCCACCAUGCGGAUCCUCCUCAAACGCACCAUGCCGAGGUUGUUCACCACCAUAGCCUCCCUGGGGGUCUCGGCACCCAAGAAGCCGUCCAACGCCUCGUCCCGCCUUGGGCAGCGCGUCAAGUCCAUCGGCAGCCGCGGCCACCGGAACAAGGGGCCCUUCGACCACACGGCCGCGGCCACCGGGAUUGGGAAGAGGAGCAGCAGGUUCUUCUCGCAACGGGCGACCAGCCCGAAGCCGAACGAAAGCGACCUGGAGCUGGGUGACAAGAUGUUUGGCGAGGUGCGCACACAAAUAAGGUUUGGGGAUGUGGAGUCAUCGCGGCGCAGGGGCUCGAUGGAGUUGGGCAUUCAUGUGCGCACCACCACUACGUUUGGAGACACGGGCGAGGUCGACGUAAAGCCUCUUUCGAGGACGCAUGACUCGGUGCCAUCAGACCGUCCCCGCGAUACCGAGAGCCAGAGGAAGCUGGACUGAGGGCCAAGCUGAGAAUCGGAUGAAGAUGGGCGCAUUGCGGGACACUUGGAUCAAAAGGGGGGGGGGGACAGGAAAUGGGCGUUGGGGAAAGGAACGGUGAUACCACUGCAUUGGGCGGC